AUGGAACUCCCGGCCGGCCCCCGAGAACACCCCUCGCGGUGCCUUCACCAGCCGCACCCGCCGACCCUACGGAGGACCCGCUUCGUCUGCGUCUCCGACACCCACAACACCGCCGUCAAGCUGCCCAAGGGCGACGUGCUGAUCCACGCGGGGGACCUCACGAACCAAGGCAGUUAUUCCGAGCUAUCACGAGCAGUUGCCUGGCUCGAAAAGGCAGACUUCGAAGCCAAGAUCGUCAUCGCAGGAAACCACGACAUCACCCUCGACGAACCCUUCUACGCCGAACACGGCCCCCAUUUCCACAACCAAUCCCCACAAGACCCCUCCGCCUGCCUCUCCCUGCUCACCUCCUCCCCGAGCAUAACCUACCUCGCCCACGCCUCCGCCAAAAUCACCCUCACGGCCCCCUCGGGCCCCCGGACCUCCUUCAACGUCUUCGCCUCCCCCUACUCCCCCCGCGACAACGGCCUCUGGGCCUUCGGCUACGACGCGCCCGCCGCCGCCGCCUCGCUCUGGGACGACAUCCCCCUCGACGCCGACGUCGUCGUCACGCACACCCCGCCCCGCACCCACGUCGACGAGUCCCGCCUCCGUCGCGCCGCCGGCUGCGAGGCCCUCCGCCGCGCGCUGUGGCGCGUCCGGCCCCGCCUCGCCGUCUGCGGGCACGUCCACGAGGCGAGGGGCGCCGAGAGGGUGAGCUGGGAUCUCGGGUGCGCCAACGCGGCCUUCAAGGAGGACCGGGUCGAGACGUGGGAGGAUCCCGGGGUCGGGGCGAAGCAGUCCUUGGUCAAUCUCUCGAUGAGGGGCGGGAAGCCUUUGCUGAAUGACGGUUCGGGCGUGGAGGCGGGGUUUGGAACGAGGGUUGAGCCGGGUUUUGAUGUGAGAGGGCUCGGUGGCGAUCCGGCUUCGCCGAGAGCUGAUCGGGAGGCCCUCGCUGGGCGGUUGGGGCGGCGGGAGACGUGUGUUGUGAAUUGUGCUGUUAUGGCCAAGAGUUAUCCGCACGUCGGGGGGAAGACGGUGAAUAAGCCCAUCGUCGUGGAUCUUGAUCUGCCUGUUUGGGAUGGUUGA